AUGGCGCACACGCAGAAUCCGUCGUCGGCGCCGGUCAGCUCUGACUCGCCGGACAUCGAGGAGCACAUGAGUAUCGGCCGCUACUUCGCGACCCGCAUCCCGACACUCGUGCCGCCAAUGAGACCAGCCCCGAACCCCUUUAAGGCUUUGACGCUGCUGAACCGGCAGCAAUGGCUCUUCUUCUUGGUCGCCUUCAUCGGCUGGACAUGGGACGCCUUUGAUUUCUUCACCGUCUCCCUGACAACAACCCAACUCGCCGAAGCCUUUGACAAAUCCGUCACCGACAUCACCUGGGGCAUCACUCUAGUCCUGAUGCUCCGAUCCGUCGGCGCCAUCACCUUCGGAAUCGCGUCCGAUCGUUGGGGCCGCAAAUGGCCAUUCGUCGUCAAUCAGCUGCUCUUCGUCGUCCUCGAGCUGGGUGCCGGUUUCUGCCAGACCUACAAGCAGUUCCUGGCCUGCCGCGCGCUCUUCGGUAUCGCCAUGGGCGGUCUGUAUGGGAAUGCCGCCGCCACGGCCCUCGAGGAUUGUCCCUCCGAAGCGCGUGGUAUUAUCUCGGGUCUGCUGCAGCAGGGCUAUGCGUUUGGCUACUUGCUUGCGACGGCUUUUGCGCGCGGGCUUGUGGAUACCACUCCUCAUGGAUGGCGUCCGUUGUACUGGUUCGCUGCUUGUCCGCCCGUGCUUAUCAUUCUGUUCCGGCUUUGCUUGCCGGAGACGGAGACUUUCCGCCGGAGACAGGAGACGAGAGAGGAAGUGCGUGGUGGUGUUGCGGCGUCGUUUAUGUCCGAGGGCAAGGUUGCGCUGAAGCGGCAUUGGCUUUUGCUGAUUUACCUGGUCUUGCUUAUGGCUGGUUUCAACUUUAUGUCCCACGGCUCCCAGGACCUCUACCCAACAAUGCUGGAGAACGAAUUCAGCUUCUCCAAAAAUGCUGUAACCGUCACGCAAGUCGUAGCCAACCUCGGCGCGUUGACAGGUGGCACUCUGUGCGGCUGGGCAAGUCAGAUCUUCGGCCGACGAUUCUCCAUCAUCGCCAUCAGCAUCGUGGGCGGCGCCCUCCUCUACCCCUACACCUUCAUCCAAACCCACUCCGUCAUUGCUGCAGCCUUCUUCGAACAAUUCAUGGUCCAAGGUGCCUGGGGGGUCAUUCCCAUCCACCUGAUGGAGCUCUCCCCGGGACCCAUCCGUACCUUUGCAGUCGGAACAGCCUACCAGCUCGGCAACCUCGUUUCGUCGGCCAGUUCGACCAUCGAGUCGACUAUCGGCGAGCGCUUCCCGCUCCCGCCGACCGAGGAAGCGGCUCAUCGCUACGAGUAUGGUAAAGUCAUUUGCAUCUUUAUGGGGUGUGUCUUUGCUUAUACUAUCUUGAUUACCCUGGCGGGUCCGGAGCGACUGGGUCGUAACUUUGAUGCGGAGCAUGAUGCUGAUUUGGCUGAGGUUGCGGCUCACCGGGGAAUGGAUCGUGAUGAUGGUGAUUUUGAGAAGGCGACAGCGACACGACAUGAGUAG